AUGGACUCUUCUCCCACUCCCACCUCUGGAGUCUGGAAGCCCAACGGUCUCCAAGCCCUCCAUUACGGGCCCGGCGCCGUCCAACAACACAUCCGCUCUCUCCUCCCGUCGCCAACCUCAAGGGCCUUCAUCGUGACGGGAAACAGCCUCUCCACCAAGACCCCGCUCAUCAAGCAGCUCGAGUCCUGGCUGACCCCUUCCCACCACGCCGCCACAUGCGACUCCGUCAAGGAGCACGCCCCCAUCGCCCAGAUCGACGAAGCAACCACCCAAGUGCUCGCCCUCGAGAACAUCGACACCAUCAUAUCCGUCGGCGGUGGCAGCCCCAUCGACACAGCAAAGGCCAUCUCCCACCGCGUGCACGAAAAGUCCGGCUCCGCCUCCUUUCUCCACCACAUCGCCAUCCCGACCACUCUCUCCGCAGCAGAGUGCACCUUCGGCGCCGGCUACACGCGUGCAGACGGCACAAAGACCGGCAUCGCCCACUCUAGCCUCGCUCCCAGCGUCAUCAUCUACGACCCCCAUUUCACGGCCUACACGCCCCCCUCCCUCUUCGCCAGCACAGGGCUGCGCGCCCUCGACCACGCCAUCGAGUUGCAGUACCACCCCACCGCCACCCUCCCCUGCCAGUGGGCGUGUCUCAGUGCCGUGCGCGAGCUCUUCGACAACCUCCCCAAGUACCUUGCCCAUCCUCGUAAUGAUGACGUCAUGAUCAGGCUGUGUCUGGCGGCGUUUGCGAGCCUGGGGUUCUUGGGGCUCAACGCCGGCAGCGGACUGGGGCUCAGCCAUACGCUGGGGUAUGCGCUCGGGAGCCCAUAUGGCAUUCCGCACGGGAUUACCAGUUGCAUGACGCUGGGCCGGGUGGUGAAGCUGAAGGCGCGGGCGGAUGCCAAGGACGCCGCGGCCAUUGCGAAGGUCCUGGAUCACGUCCCUGGAGCAAAGCGCAGUGGGAAUGAUCUUGUUGAUGCCGAGGAGGUCGGGGAUAGGAUUUUGGCUCUUGUUGACCAGCUGGGGUUCACUACUACGUUGGCGGAGAAGGGGGUGGAUAGAAGCGAGAUCGAGAACAUCCUGGCAAAGUGUGCCCUUUCCCUGCCGGAUCAGGGCAGGACCGAGGCCGGGCAGAAGACCCUCGGCGCGAUCAGGGAGUUGGUCAAGGAGUUGUUCUGA